GAAAAAUUCAAGUGCUCCUCACACACAUAUCACCGCUCUAUCAAUUUAUUUUGGUUUAGUUUAUUAAUCUCUCUCAAUUUUCGCCGUCACUGUAGCCGUCUCUCAUCGCCUGGAAAAUUAACUGUUUCAUCACCGGUGCCCAAUGAUUUUAUCCAUUUACGGAUGAUCAUCGUGAAAAGUUCUUAGCUGAAUGAAAAAUCCCUAAAAUAUUCUCAAAUUCUCAGUAACUUUUACUCGAGAGUAUUAAAAAGAAAUUUGAGAUCGAGAAAUUGGAAUGGCGGGAAGAGAAGUGAGGGAAUACACAAAUCUCAGCGAUCCUAAAGAUAAGAAAUGGGGAAAAGGCAAAGAUAAAAUAAUAGAUGAAGAAGAUAUUACUUUCCAGCGCAUGGUCGCUAAGAUGCAAGAGGUUGCUGGAGAACGUGGAGGCUACCUUCAUGGACGGGGCGCUUUGGACAGCGAUGACUUACUUUAUCUCAAGGAGCAGAUGGAAGCUGAAGAGGAUGCUGAACGCCUUCUUCGCCGCACAGAAAAACGAGCGUUUGCUGCAUUUAAAAAAGCUGCUAGUUUAGCAGAUUCUUCACCAGCAUCAGUUCCGUUGCCACUUCGUGUUGAGCCCAAGCCAAAAAGUGGGAUUAGGCAACAGGAUCUAUUGAAGAAGGUAGUGGAAGUUAAGCCCAAGCGGCCAAAAGUUUUAGACAAUUCCGGUGCAAGCCAUUCUAUGCCAACUUCAAUUGAUCAUUCAUCGUCACAUUCCAACUCCGUGGCUCACCUGAAGAACCCAACAGUGAGCAAAGCAGGUGAGGCUAAUCAGGAUAAAGUGGUUAUCAAUGAGACUGGGCAGCUUAAUCCUGUUAAUAGCUUGUUAGGCUUGGCAUAUGCGAAUUCUGAUGAUGAAGAUGACGAUGAUGACUGAGGAAUAAAUGACCUUUGUGCCAGCAAGCUUGUAUUCUGCACAUUUUGUAACGGAUUGUUUUAUAUGUUUACUGAUAAAUUAUUACUCAAUUUCUGACCAAUUUUCUGAAUGCGAAUUUUUUGGUUGGCAAA